AUGAAUGGGAUCACCAUUAAAGUGGAGAAAACUAUAAAAUACUUGGGUGUUGUUUUGGACUUCAGGCUGUCCUGGGACAGCCACAUUGACUAUAUAACAGGACGAACUGGUCUUAUCUGCCAGGCUUUUUCUCAUAUUGCGAAGCAAAAAUGGGGACUCACAUCCAAGACUAUAUCUAUUAUAUAUGACAGGAUCCUCAUACCUACAAUUACCUAUGCCUGUGGCACUUGGGGAUGGGCAAGUGCCAAGGUCCAUCCUAAAAGAAAACUGAUAUCGUCUCAAAGAAGAGCCCUACUCUUAAUUUCCAAGGCUUACCGUACCACAAGCAAUACCUGUUUGCAAAUCAUCACCAGGAAACCACCACUCGACCUUAUUAUCACUCAAAGACAAAAGCUUUAUAGGAUUAAAAGAGGUGAUAACAUGAUAACGACUACUCGUGAAAUAACCUAUCAGGAUGUAGAAUGGCCCUCACAGAUAAGUAAUACCUUACCACCAUGGAAUACUAUCUUUGACAAAGGUAUACAUGCUAACGGCGAUACUUUACAAAUUUACACAGAUGGUUCUAAACAUGACAACUGUGUAGGCUGCAGUUAUGUUUUAUACGAGAACAAUAUGGAAAUUAAACACUGCAAAUUUCGUCUACAAAGCGACUGCAAUAUCUUUCAGGCCGAGAUGUGGGCCAUUAAGAUGGCUAUUGAUUAUACUAACUCUACAUAUAACAAUCAUAAUAUAAAGAUCCUUACUGACUCACUCUCCUCACUACAACUGAUCAAAAACAGUAAUCUGCAUCUAUUAGCAGAAACAAUAAGGAAAAUGAUAUAUUUCUCUACAAACAGGUAUGACAUUCAAUGGAUCAAAGCCCAUCAUGGCGAACGGGGAAAUGAGAGAGCAGACCUACUCGCAAAGGAAGCGGCAGUUGAUGACACACUGCCCAUAGCAUACAGCAAGAUUAGUAGACAUACAAUCAAUAACAUACUAAGAACGGAUACAAUUCGACAAUGGCAGACAAGGUGGGACCUACAAAGUGACCAUAUUACUUAUACUUUUAUCCCUAAUAUUGAGGAAUUUUUGGAAAAUAAUUGGUACAACCCGAACCAUUAUAACUCCCAGAUACUAACAAAUCGUGGCAGGUACGCUACUUACUUGGAGAGAUUUCACCAUAGCACUUCGAAGCUAUGCCCAACGUGCGACAUAGAGGAUGGAUCUUUGCACUACCUCUUCCAUUGUCCUAUCUUCGCAAGAGAAAGGACUGAAUUACAAAUCGUCCUGCAUGAGCAAGGCAUCAACUGGCCCUGCAGGCCAACUGACAUAUGGACCACAAAAAAUACCUAUACUGCCUUCGAAAGGAUCAGCAAACAAAUCAGCUAUAUUAAUAACAAACAAACUUUCCUUUAA